AUGCUCACCAAUCACUUGACAUUCGGGCUGGCUUCAAUUGCCGCAAUACUUGCACCAUUCGCAAGUGCCGAGCUUUCUGGCACCGUCGGACCUUUGACUACCGCUACUGAAAAAGCUGCAGUCAAGACUUGCAAUGUUCUGGACUAUGGGGCUGUCGCCGAUAACUCCACGGAUGUUGGCCAGCCGAUAAUCGAUGCCUUUGCAGACUGCGGCUCCGGUGGUUUGAUCUAUGUUCCUGAAGGUAACUAUUCCUUGCAAACUUGGGUGUCUUUGUCCGAUGGCAAUGCCUGGGCCCUUCAAAUAGACGGCGUUCUGUGGCGUGGAGCCUCACCGGCUGGUCAAUCAUACAUGUUGGAGAUCUCUGGAGGGAGUGACUUCGAGUUAUUUAGCUCCAACUCUGCAGGUGCCAUUCAAGCUAGUGGAUACCUUUAUCACAUCAAUGAUACAUACAUUGGUCCGAGAGUGUUGCAUAUCGACGGAGUCUCUGACUGGUCUGUUCACGACUUCGUUCUUGUCGACUCGCCAAUGUUCCACUUUGUCAUUGAGGGCGAUUCUUCCAACGGCGAGGUCUACAAUAUGGCUAUCCGAGGAGGUGAUUCAGGUGGCUUGGAUGGUAUCGAUGUCUCUGCCAUCAAUGUUUGGAUUCAUGAUGUCAUGGUCACUAAUAAAGAUGAAUGUGUGAUUACUAAGAUUGGCUCAAAGAACAUUUUGAUUGAAAGCAUAUACUGCAACAUUAGCGGUGGUUGUGCAAUGGGCUCCCUGGGAUCUGGAGCAAAUGUGUUUAUGUUCAAGAGUAAUGGAGGUUCGGGAGAGGUAAAGAAUGUUGUUCUUGAGAAUUUCAUCGGCCCUGAUAACGCCUACUCCCUGGAUCUGGAUAGCUUCUGGAGCAGUAUGAGUGCUGUGGAUGGGGAUGGUAAUGCGGAUAUUGCCGCUCAGGUCGGAGGGUAUAUUCAAUAUGUCUGUGAGAACGCAUAUGGAUCUGGUUACUGUGUCUCAAAUAGUACCGAUACUACUGCCACUUACACUACCACCUUAUAUGCCAGCCCGUCGCCCUCUGGAUACUCGGCUCCUACAAUGGCUGCGGAUCUCACUGCAGGAUUUGAUGUCACUCUUUCUAUCCCCAUCCCAACAAUCCCCACAUCCUUUUACCCUGGAGCGACUCCAUACAGCGCACUUGCGGGCUCUUCAUAG